CACUACAAAAACGAUAUUCGGCCAUUGCUACGCGAUGGUGGCUUCGGGAUCCUUCAGGUAAAAAAAAAAAACAAAAACAAAAAAAAAACGUCGAACUGAACCUCGCCGACGAAAUCCCGAGGAUCCACGGAGCUCAGCUUUCGCCCUCAGGUGUCAAAGGUGUUCGUUCCCCUUUGGCCUACGUGUGGAGGACUGAAAUAUUUUUUUACUUUCGACGGUCCUCGAAUGACGGCGCAGGUAGAUUACCUGGUGGUGCUGUGCGCCGCCACAUCUGGCGCCGGCGGGGAGCUGCUUGGCUCUGACGAGAAGGAGCUAGCGAGGCUGGUGUGGCAGCAGGUGGAUGUCAACAACAAAAAGCUGGGCAAGGUGAACGAGCUGCUGAUUAAGGCUGAAGUGUCAGACUUGACGGAUUUUUUCUUUUUUUUUUUUUUUUUCAUGCCAGAUUUAAUUUCUGUUUUGAAACCCUCGCAGUUCCAUCUCCAGCUGACGAAUGAAGUGAACAGCGCAGGUGCAGGCACGUCAGUGUGUUUAUGUACCGACGGGCAGCUCCACAUCCGUCAAGUGAUUCACCCCGAGGCCGCCAGCAAGAGCAUCCUGAUCCCAGACUGUUUUUACUCCUUCUUUGACCUUCGUAAAGAGUUCAAGACGCACUUCCCCUCUGACCUCGGUGCUUUGGACGUAUACGCCAUGGCGGAGUCUUUAAACAUACCAGUAGAAGCGCCUGCUAUGUGCAGCUCCCUGGGUACAUUGGAUCCUUUAGCCACAAUGCCUCCACAAGUAGCAGUUCAGAAGGUCCAGCUGAUGGCCCAAAUCGUACUUAGCCUGCUUUCUGAGCCAUUUUGUCACACCUUCUCUAACCCGGAAAGAGUUAAUGAGAAGUUUGAGACGGGUACGUGCAGUAAAACGGAGAAAGUCAGUGACAGCACAGUAAUCAGAGCCAGAGGGUUGCCAUGGCAGUCGUCAGACCAGGACAUCGCCCGCUUCUUCAGCGGACUAAAUAUUGCCAAAGGAGGGGCUGCACUGUGCCUUAAUGCUCAGGGGAGAAGGAACGGCGAGGCCCUCGUUCGUUUUGUCAGCGAAGAACAUCGAGACCUGGCGCUGCAAAGACACAAACAUCAUAUGGGCAACAGAUACAUCGAGGUUUACAAGGCAACUGGAGAAGACUUCCUGAAAAUAGCAGGAGGUACGUCCAACGAAGUAGCCGUAUUCCUGUCCCGCGAGGACCAGAUCAUAGUGAGGAUGCGAGGUCUUCCUUUCACGGCCACGCACGAGCAGGUGCUCGCCUUCUUCUCGCCGGAGGAUGGACUCAAAGACACGUGUCCGGUCAGCGGAGGGAGGGACGGCAUCCUAUUUGUGCGCUACCCGGACGGCCGACCCACCGGUGACGCCUUUGUGCUGUUCUCCUGCGACGAACAUGCCCAGUGUGCGCUCAGGAAACACAAGGAGAUCCUUGGAAGAAGAUAUAUUGAGUUAUUCAAGAGCACUGCAGCGGAGGUCCAGCAGGUGUUGAACCGCUACUCGUCUGCCCCGCUGAUCCCCGUGGCCCCCGCCCCCUUGCUGUCUGUGUUGCCCGCGGUGUCUCUCCUGCCCUCUCCCAUCAUCGUGAGGGACUGCCUGAGGCUGCGGGGCUUACCCUAUUCGGCGAGCAUAGAGGACAUCCUCGCCUUCUUGGGCGAGUUCACCCACGACGUCCGACCGCACGGCGUGCAUAUGGUCCUCAAUCAGCAGGGUCGUCCAUCAGGCGACUGCUUUAUCCAGAUGACGUCGGCGGAGCGAGCGCUUUCGGCCUCCCAGCAGCUCCACAAACACGUGAUGUCCUGCCAGCACGGGCCCAACAGCCGCUAUGUGGAGGUGUUCCCCUGCAGCGCCGAGGAGAUGGGCCUGGUGCUGAUGGGAGGCUCGCUCUCGCACACGCACACACACACACACAACCGGAACAGGAGUGGGACAGGGCUCAGCCCCCCGCCAUGUUUAUCUCCGCCAUCGUACUCCUUCACCCCGACGCCACCUGUCCUGCCGACUGAGGCCGCCACCGCCCUCUACCCUCCACUCGGUCAAGUGCUGCUCGGUCCUCGCGCCCUCCCCCCAGGACAUGCCUACUACCCAUCCUCGGGGCAGCUAUAUAUGAACUACACAGCCUACUAUCCCAGCCCACCUGGCUCGCCCACGACCGUCGGUUUCUUCCCCUCCCCUUCUGCCCUCUCCACCCCUGGGGGUUUCCUGAGAAUGCCGGGUCUGACCUACAACAGCAAAGACCUCAUUAGCGCGGUGCAGGGCUAUCAGACUGCCGUGGAGCCGGUCUCCGUCCUGAGCAGCAGCCUGCUCGGCCAAGCAGGCGGUGGCGAGCCUCCUGUCGUGUCUCUCCCCGCCCUGAUGACCAAGCCUACCGGACACUACCUGGACCUGAGCCUGCUCUAAGCCUCGCACACAUGUAUUGUUAGCUUUUUUUUUUUCCCCAAAAGUAGUCUUAUUUAUAUCUUCAAAAACAGCCACUAUUAUAUUUUAUACCAUGUAUGGCUUUAGCCAAGAAAAGCAGUUUGUCUUUUAUUGCACAAAGUGUAUCUUUAGAAAGAAAGAAAAAAAAAAGCUUUGUAAUUUUUUUUUAAUGUGUUACAUUAGUUGAAUCAUCACUACUAUAUAUUUGCUAGCCAAAGUAGUAAGGAAUGACUUUGUAGCAAGUGAGCUCAAUGUUUCAAGCUUCUCUGUGAAGAGAUAAAAUGUGUGCGUGCGCGUGUGUGUGUGUGUGUGUGUGUGUGUGUGUGUGUGUGUGUGUGUGUGUGUGUGUGUGUGUGUGUGUGUGUGUGUGUGUGUGCGCGCGCGCGUUGAAUGAGAGUACUAUAUUUUGUGUUUUUACAAAACAGCAUUUGGGCCACACUGGAAUAAAAAAUUAACAAAAAAAGCAAGUUAUGACAAUGAAGUAACAUGAGGGGGACAAAGUUUUUUCAAGAAAAAGCUUUAAUAU